UAUUUGUUAAAACCAUAUCAAUGAAUAAAGUGUCAUCCAAGAAAUUGAUUUUACUUGUUGAUGGUAUUCGUAGAAUUCAAGUUUGGGACCUCAGAGCAUGGAGAAAUUUUGAAGGUUGUUAGCAGUCAACCAAUCAAUACUGUUGUAUAAGCUAAAUUACACAUAUUUUUGGAUCUUUAACAAUCUUUAUAUGUACAAAUUGUGACAGUUCGACCAAACCACUUUUUAACAUUGAUUUUCGUGUCUCAUUCUUGAACAAAUUGUCAAAAAUGACUUUCAAACUAUUUGCUGCAAUAUUAUAGGCCAUGCCAGUAAGCCCCCAAUGCGCAGGAGCUUACAUUAUAAACUUGAUUGCUUUUUGGUUGCUUCUACUCCUCCACCCCGCUACUGUUACCACAAUAGGCUUAAAGAACUGCUCCUUCAUCGACGGCCACAUACUGGAGUUUGUGUGCCACGGAAAGUAUGAACGCCAAAUUCGGCUACAAUAUAAGGACCGCAAUCCCGCUAUUAACGCGCCUUACUCCAUCUGGCAGCGUGCCGACUAUUUUGGCUCCACGAUGCUGCUUAUUGUGUUCUACGAGGGACCCUUGACUAGAUGCUACAAUCUUGUGCUCAGUGAAGGUCUAUUCUACUGUAAUGGUCAUAACUAUCCGAUGGAGUUGGACGAUUCCAUUAUCGUGAAUUGCAUUCCAUUUAAAUUUACGUACGCGGAUGAACUGCACAAACAGUGCAAAACAUCGAAGAAAAUACAUGCGUCAACUAUAUCGUCAGUCAUCAUCUAUAUGGAAUCGAAUAUAAUAGAGUUUUCAGGUGCAGCAAAGAUUCUGUGUUCUUUGAAUAUUCUUGUUAUAGUUAUUUUACCUUUACGAUUUGUAAUCUAAACAUGAAAAAAUUUAUUUGGUAAACAACAAUAAAAAG